UUUUCGCCGACCCUGAGUAAUGACAGCUGUCAGAUUGUUCUACUCAAAUUACAAAACAUUGAUAGCGUUAUUAUUUAUUUAUUUAUUUACAGUGAAUAAAAUUAAUUAUAAUAAUAAAUAAAUAUGAUGAAAAAUUCGGAAAUGAAUAAAGUUGAAGAAGAGGUGCUGACAUUACCAAAAAAAGAUGCUACGACCAGUGAACAAAGUAUUUCAAGUUUAAUGUCUAGUUCCUCGACGACACAGGAUGAAAAUUUCCGGGUGGCUAAACAUGCUGAGAUAAGUUUAAAAUGUAUGGAAAAUUAUUUACAUAAACAACAGCUCACUGAUAUUGUUUUGAUUGCCGGUGACAAACGUUUCUCAGCACAUCGAUUAGUACUGAGUGCUGGUUCGGAAUAUUUUGCUGCAAUGUUUACAACAUCGUUACGUGAAUCAAAUCAAGCUGAAAUAGAAUUAAAAAAAGUUGACCCAGAUGCUCUUUGGUCACUGAUCCAAUAUUGUUACACUGGAUGCAUAGAAUUACAUGAAGAAAGUGUAGAAACUCUUUUAGCAACGGCUAGUUUAUUACAAAUAGACGCUGUCGUAAAAGCCUGCUGUCAGUUUUUAAUAAAGCAGCUUCAUCCUAGCAAUUGUCUAGGGAUCCGCAUGUUUGCUGAUGCUCAAGGAUGUGGUAAUUUGCUGAGUGUUGCUCAUACUUAUACAACAGUACACUUUAUGGAAGUGAUGAAGAAUCAGGAAUUUUUACUGCUGUCUGCUGAUGAUGUCGCUAAAUUAUUAGAAUCCGAUGAUCUUAAUAUACCAGAUGAAGAAAUAGUAUUUCAGGCACUGAUGACCUGGCUUCAGUAUGAUUUAGAUAAUCGUCGUAAGGAUGUUGGUAGACUUUUGGGAUUAGUGCGAUUGCCUUUACUGUCUCCGGUCUUCAUAGCCGACCAUAUAGAUGAUAACGAAAUAUUUAAAAAUGAAAGACGAGCUCAGGAAUUAGUAAUGGAAGCUCUCAAGUAUCAUCUGUUACCUGAACGCCGUGCAUUGCUUCAGUCAUGUCGCACGCGACCUCGCAAAGCGACUGUGGGACAACUAUUAUCAGUUGGUGGAAUGGACGACCAUAAAGGCGCGACAUCAAUAGAUGCGUUUUCUCUGUGUGAUAAUACUUGGAAAAAUUUAGCCAGUAUGAAUGGACGUCGUCUCCAAUUUGGUGCUGCUGUGGUUGAAUCAAAGCUAAUUAUCGUUGGCGGUCGUGAUGGAUUGAAGACACUGGAUAGUGUAGAGCGACUAGACUUUUCAACUCUCAAAUGGAGUAGACUACCACCCAUGAAUACACAUCGUCACGGAUUAGGUGUAGCUGUUCUUGGAGGACCUCUGUAUGCUGUUGGUGGUCACGAUGGCUGGAGUUUUUUACACACAGUAGAGAGAUGGGAUCCAAAUACCCAAGAGUGGAGUCUCAUUGCGCCAAUGCCGUUCCCAAGAUCUACUGUUGGCGUGGCAGUUCUUAAUGAUAAAUUAUAUGCCGUGGGCGGAAGAGACACCAAUUCAUGUCUAAAUACAGUCGACUGUUACGAUCCUCACACAAACAAAUGGACAAGAUGCGCGCCGAUGUUCAAACGAAGGGGUGGUGUCGGUGUUGGAGUGGCCAAUGGCUGCAUAUAUGCACUCGGUGGUUAUGACGUAGCUGCGAAAGGUUCAAAUGCUUGUCGUUACGACAGUGUUGAGAGAUAUGACCCUAAAACUGACACCUGGACCAUGGUCGCUCCAAUGAGUGUCGCCCGUGAUGCUGUCGGUGUUUGUUUACUUGGGGAUCAAUUGUUUGCAGUUGGUGGCUACGAUGGCCAGCAAUAUCUCACUCUUGUCGAGACUUAUGAUCCGAUUCUCAACGAAUGGCAUCAGGUGUCACCACUCAAAACUGGAAGAGCGGGACCUUGUGUGAUUCUCAAAGAUCCGGUCGGCUAGAAGUAAAAUUUUAUUUUAUAAUUAGUAUAUAUUUAUAUGUAUAUAUAUAUAUAUAUCGGUGAAUUGAUUUUGUGAUAAAAUAUUAUUAUUUAUUUAUUAUAUCGGUGUCUAUUUUGUAAGACUGAAUUUAUUUAAAAGCUCAGUAGGCAUUUUUAAAAAAUUAUUUUGCUAAAAAUAAAAAUGUAUGCGAGGAUUUUUUUAAAAUAUAAAAUUCAUGUGUAUUUUAAUAUUAUGUACUAUGUAUCGAAAAAAAAUGUAAUAGUGAUUUUUUAUUUUAUAUCUAUUUUUAUAUAUCAUCA